ACAUCUGUCUUUAGAGAGAGAGAGAAAAAAAAAAGAGAGAGAGAAAAUUAUUAGUUUUUCGGAUUAUUUGUUGAGGUGAUCGGACGCCGAGUUGAAACCGAUUCAGAUCAGCGAAUCAUGGAGGGGGUGGGGGCCCGGCUGGGGCGGUCCUCGACUCGGUACGGACCGGCCACGGUGUUCAAUGGGCCGGUGAGGAAGUGGAAGAAGAAGUGGAUCCACGUAGCGCCAUCUACUAGUGCUGCCUCUAACACCACCACCAAUCACUCUCACCAGAUUCAAAACCACAACAACACCACCAACGGUACGAGUAACGGUAAUAACGGCUCCCAUCUCCUGCUUUACAAGUGGACACCUAUCACCCCGAGCCACAACGGCAAUAACUGCAACGGUGACAGGAAUCCCGGCAAGGACGACUCGGCGGUCCCCCCCGAGGAGCCACCUCGUCGUAAAUUCAAAUACAUUCCGAUUGCUGUUCUAGAGGAACAGAAGAAUGAGGAUGCUGAAAACGAAGCAGCAGAAAAGGUUGACGAAGAUGCUAAACCAAUUGAUAUUGACCCUGGUGCAGCAAAGUCCACCCCCAGGGGUGGAGUUUUGGAUGAGAAACCUGACAUUAAUGAUGUGCCAAUGGAGGAAAGUCAGGACAAUAAUCAAGUAGUAUGCCAAGAUCUGAACGAAAGCACUUUGGAUUUGAGUUUAGGUUUGAACGACCGCGAGACUGAUUCAAAAACUGAUCGGAGCAGAGGUGUUCAGUAGGAAAGAGGAGGCUAGCAGUUUUGGGACACGAUUGAAGGCUGCUCUUGGGUUUUUUAUUGAGCCACUGGCCGUCUUUGGCAAGUGUAUUCCAGUGGCAUGUGCAAUGUAAUUUUGGCUUCAUUUGAUGCUUCUUUGCUGAGCUGAUUGCAAUUUGUAUUGAUUAGGUUUUUUAGGAGGAGACAAUCGAUUGUUUUUACUCUCUAGCUUCGUCUGAGAACUUCUAAGCUUGGACAUGCUGGACUUACAAAGUGAAACUGAAAUUGAAUGAAACAUCUAGUACUGGAGUAAUAAUUAUAUUGAAA